UCCGGUCCGAUUCCACACUACAUAAACAGAAGGGCAACGCCGAGCAGCUUCACUUUGGGGAGACGUCGGAAACAGUCAGUCAUGUCUGGUCGUGGCAAAGGAGGCAAGGGGCUCGGCAAAGGAGGCGCUAAGCGCCACCGCAAGGUUCUCCGAGACAACAUCCAGGGAAUCACCAAGCCCGCCAUCCGACGCUUAGCUCGCCGAGGCGGAGUCAAGCGCAUCUCGGGGCUCAUUUACGAAGAAACGCGCGGCGUCCUCAAGGUCUUUCUGGAGAACGUCAUCCGCGAUGCGGUCACUUACACGGAGCACGCCAAGAGGAAGACUGUCACGGCCAUGGACGUUGUAUACGCCCUGAAGCGGCAAGGACGCACUCUGUACGGCUUCGGAGGCUAACCUCCAUACUGAAAAUAAUCGCUCUCAAAAGGCCCUUUUAAGGGCCACCCACUUUCUCACUUAAAAGAGCUUUAUCGCUUCUUUCGAAGCAAAUGUGCGUAUCUGCAAUUUCAUCAUGUGCAUAAAGCC